AUGGAGGGUUCAGUUUUCAGCCCGAACAAGCAUGAUUGCUGUCUUGAAACGUGUACAAGUGGUAAGAUCUCCGACACAGAGAAUCCUCCUCCUACUUCUUCACCUCCAUUAGACGGGAAGCGGGUUAGGUUUUCUCGAACGCAAAUCUUUUACUUCUUGCGGCAGCAGGGUUACUCCUCAGUUCCUCAACGUGGUGGAUGUUCUCUAGGCAUGGCGCAAACGCAUUUCCACUCAGAGACCUAUGGGGUUCAUCAGUAUCGUCGGAUGAGUUGUUCAGGAAAUGAAAUGAACCUCGACACCUUCUCUGGGUCGACCCAGCUCUAUCCAAGGGGUCGUCGACGAAAAUUAAACUGCAACAGAAUGCCGUUGACCCCAGUGGAGGAUAGCGUUAACCCUGGCGAUGCUAGGAGGGUUCCACUUUUCUUUUCACCUCCUAAGCUUUCCCCGCAAACCGAUGACACAGGCGAUUUGGAUGGCUUUUCUUGUGUUGGUGGUACUCCUCCUCCCCCCUGCCUUUCACCCCAGAACGAACCUAUUGGCUGCGAAUUUAGCACUGAUCCAGAGUUAAGCAGUUUUUGGCAGACAGAUUUGGAGGCCUCCAUUGACUUAUCAUUGACCAAAGUAGGUGAGAAGAAACUGCUGCCAAUCCAACCUACGGUUCGAUCUCGUAUGCUCAAGCAGGCUGGAGUCGUAAACAUUGAUGAGUCGGAUCGAUGGACUUGUGCAACUCUGCGAAACUCCCGUGCUAGCGUCGGAUGUGGAUGUAUCACCUCGUCGUGUAACUCGGAAGCCUGUUCCUGUGCUCUUGCUGGCGUUCCUUGCCAGGUGAGUUGGUGA